AUGGCUACGGCAUCAUCAUCGUCGUCGUCUGGGAUGGUAACAGAGCGGAGAGGAAUACCAGGAGCUCAGUUCGUAGAGGACGUGCAGACCUAUCUCACUCAGGCAGGCCUCGACGUUAACUCUGCCCUUGCCUUUCUCCAAGAAAGACUUCAGCAAUACAAAUUGGUUGAAAUGAAGCUUCAAGCUCAACAAAGGGAUCUUCAGGCAAAGAUCCCCGAUAUUGAGAAGUGCUUAGAUGUUGUUGCUACUUUGCAAGCUAAGAAGGGUACUGGUGAGGCACUUAUUACAGAUUUUGAGGUAUCUGAAGGGAUAUAUUCGCGAGCUAGCAUUGAGGAUACUGAUUCAGUGUGUUUAUGGCUGGGAGCGAAUGUCAUGUUGGAGUAUUCUUGUGAAGAGGCUACUGGUCUUCUACGAAGAAAUCUAGAUAAUGCUAAAGCCAGUUUAGAAGUUCUUCUUGCUGAUCUGCAGUUCUUGAGGGAUCAAGUGACAAUAACCCAGGUAACUAUUGCUCGGGUGUACAACUGGGAUGUUCAUCAGCGCAGACUUCGACAAGCUUCCCCUAAAGACUCAUGA